AUGCCUCUGGGUUCCCGACGCCGCCGAACUCGCCACACUCAGGACUUGAUUCUGGCCGCGCGGGCGGAGCGAGGGUCAGAGUCCCGGGCUGGACGCAAUAGCCUGCGCCAGGAGCGCGCCGGCGUUUCUAAGUUCGGGCGGGCGGGCGGCGUGGGGGUCCCGCGGCUACGGAAUCCUGCGCGGACCGAGCGCUCCACAUUCCUGGGGCUGGGCCCGGGGUCCGGGCGCGCCCCUCCAGGCCGUGAGCAGCCAUCCAGGCAGCCUCGGGACGGGUUCUCAAAGCCGACUUUGGGUGUGCACCCCCAGCUGAGCCCCGAAGCGCUGGGAUAUUUCCGCCGGGCGCUGUCAGCGCUGAAAGAGGCUCCCGAGACUGGGGAAGAACGAGAGUUGAUGGUGCAAAAUAUUUUGAAGGAAGUGGAGGCUCAAGCAUUAGGGUUGGCCAUGGACAGGACUGGCAGUGAGAUGCUGCAGGAACUGUUGGGGUUCAGUCCCUUGAAACCGUUGUGUCGAGUCUGGGCUGCUCUGCGCUCUAACUUGCGCUCUGUGGCCUGUCAUCGGUGCGGGGUCCAUGUAUUGCAAAGUGCUCUGCUGCAGCUGCCUCGAUUACUGGGGAGUCCGGUGGAGGAGGAAGAAGAGGAGGAGGAGGAGGAGGCUGGGGAGGAUGGUUCCUUACAGACCCUGGAGGAGCUAGUUCUGGGACUAGCCACUGAAGUGUGUGAAGAUUUUCUUUUGUACUGUGGAGACACACAUGGCAGCUUUGUGGUUAGAACUCUGCUGCAGGUGUUAGGAGGGACUCUGCUGGAGUCUGAGAGAGCCAGGCCCCGUGGCUCCCAAUCAUCUGAAGGGCAAAGGGCCCCAGCUCGAGAGUGUAAGCCAAUUGAUUUUGAAGUCCCUGAAACCUUCUUGAAUCGCCUUCAGGACCUGAGUUCCUGCUUUCUGAAGGACAUUGCUGUCUUUAUCACUGAUAAGAUCUCUAGCUUCUGCCUUCAAGUGGCCUUACAGGUCUUACACCGCAGACUACCCCAGGUCUGUGCCCAUCUCUGCAGUGAUGUGAUUGGCUACCUGAGUACUCGCGGUUCCUCAGCAGAUGGCAGCCCCCUACUACUCUUCCUGCGGGAUCAGACGAGUUCCAGGCUGCUGGAGCAGGUGAUGUUAGUGUUGGAGCCCCUGAGGCUCCAGAGCCUUUUUGAGGAUCACUUUCAGGGGCAGCUGCAGUCCCUGGCUGCACAUCCCAUCGCCAACUUCCCUCUGCAGCGUUUGCUGGAUGCAGUCACUACCCCUGAGCUGCUGUCCCCCGUGUUUGAGGAGCUGAGCCCUACCCUGGAAGCUGUACUGGCUCAGGGCCACCCAGGGGUAGUUGUUGCCCUGGUGGGGGCCUGUCGCAGAGUUGGGGCCCACCAAGCCCAGGUCCUGCAGCUGUUGUUGGAGGCAUUCCACUGCGCAGAGCCCUCAUCCCGGCAAGUGGCUUGCGUGCCUCUCUUUGCUACUUUGAUGGCUUAUGAAGUGUACUAUGGCCUGAUGGAGGAGGAGGGGACGGUUCCUGCGGAGCACCAGGAGGAAAUGGCCGCAGCGAGGGCUCUGGAGGAAGUAACAGUCCUUGGGUCUCUCCUGCUCCAGCAUCUACUGCACUUCUCUGCCCCCAGUCUCGUACUUCGAAGUCUGGCUGCGUUGACAGGACCUCAGCUUGUGGCUCUGGCCCAGAGCCCUGCUGGCUCCCAUGUGCUCGAUGCCAUCCUCACCAGUCCCUCUGUGACACGCAAGCAGCGCCGCCGCGUGCUGCAGAGUUUAAAGGGGCAUUAUGUGGCUCUGGCCUGUAGUCGCCAUGGCAGCCGUGUGCUAGACGCUAUCUGGAAUGGAGCAGCCUUGGGGGCCCGGAAGGAAAUUGCUGCUGAACUGGGGGAGCGGAACCAGGAGCUGAUAAGAGACCCUUUUGGCCACCAUGUGGCUCGAAACAUAGCCCUGACAACCUUCCUGAAGCGGCGAGAGGCUUGGGAACAGCAGCAGGGUGUGGUGGCCAAGCGGAAGCGGGCACUGAACUCAAUACUUGAAGACUGAGGCCUUUGGGUCUGGGACGGGGUGUUAUGGGGAGGGUGAAAGGGUGUAUCUAUCCCAUCUCUUUCCUUCUUUAAUUGGGGUCAACAAUCUUAUUGGUAAACUUUUUUAUAUUUU